AUGGCUCACAAGCCUCAUCAUUCACCAGAGCAAUCUGGAAAAUUUUCACCAAAGGGAAUAUCGAAGAUUACUCGCAAGCCUCAACUAAAUCGACAAGGAGUUGUUAUUUGUGAGAUUCCAACCCCUGUGUCUCCUACUUCUAAGAAGCGUAUUGCUAAGGAUUUGGUGAAAAAGAUUGCUAAGAAUAAGAGAAGGAAGGUUAUUGAAGAUUCUUUGGGCGAAGUGGUUCCUAAAUUGUCACUUCAUGAUACAUAUAUGGGUGUUCCUUCACCAAUGAGGGAUUCUCCAAUCAAGUCGAAUUUCGAGGAGAUUGGAAAUCCUGGUGGCUCUGUGAAAGCAUCUGACAUUGACACAACCACUACUCAAGGUAAUCCUCCUUUCAUUACAUCAUCUACUUUCGAAAGAUCUAACGUUGGUACCUCUACAUCUCUACCACCAUUUCACUCAACCAUUUCGACUUCUACCCACUCACCUACUUUUGAAAACAUACUCAAUCAACCUAUCACUUCUUUAUUUUCAUCCCAAUCCACUGAACCCAAAACUGUUCAAGAGGAAGACACCACUAAAGACAAUGAUUUUAUCAGAAUGUUUGCUGAUAUUACAUUUGAUCCUGAAGAAGAAAAUAUUCCCAAUCAUAUGUUGAUGUCUAGGAAAAAGUUUAAAAUUCUCAAUCGAAAGCUUAACUCUUUGUUAUAG